AUGGCGACUCUCUUGAAGUGCUACAAGCACUUCUUCUCUAUCCAACUCUCCUCGCUCUCCUACUCGGCUCGGACGAUUCGACUCAGCGCCUCCCGGCCCCACACCUUCUUGAAGCUGAAGCUCAGCAGGAGCAGUGGUCGGAGCAAUUUCCGCUGCCUCGGCUCUUCGAGCUCGUCAUCUCCGCCGUCGGUUGCCGAGACAAUUGGCGGCAAACUCGACGGCGCUGUGACGGAGAGAGAGAGUCCGUUGUCUUCGGAGCUGUGGGUGUACAACACAAUGAGCAGAAAGAAGGAGGUUUUCAGGCCCAAAGUUGAAGGAAAAGUUGGGAUGUAUGUCUGUGGAGUCACUGCUUAUGACCUCAGCCAUAUCGGCCAUGCUCGCGUCUACGUCACUUUCGAUGUUCUCUACAGAUAUCUUAAGCAUUUGGGAUACCAAGUCUGUUAUGUUCGAAAUUUCACCGAUGUUGAUGACAAAAUAAUCGCUAGAGCGAAUGAGUUGGGGGAAGAUCCCAUCAAUUUGAGUAGGCGCUACUGCGAAGAGUUCAAUCAAGAUAUGGUCUAUCUUCACUGCCUGCACCCAGCUGUGGAGCCUCGGGUGUCUGAUCACAUGCCGCAAAUCGUCGAUAUGAUAAAGCAGAUUAUUGAUAAUGGGUAUGCCUACACGGUAGAAGGUGAUGUCUACUUCAACGUAGAUACAUUUCCAGAAUAUGGAAAACUAUCUGGUCGGAAGUUGGAAGAUAACCGAGCUGGUGAGCGGGUAGCUAUAGACUCCAGGAAGAAAAACCCUGCAGAUUUUGCUUUGUGGAAGUCUGCUAAGGAAGGGGAACCGUUCUGGGACAGUCCAUGGGGCCCUGGAAGACCCGGUUGGCAUAUUGAAUGCAGUGCCAUGAGUGCUGCUUAUCUUGGUUAUUCUUUUGACAUACACGGUGGAGGGAUGGACCUUGUGUUUCCCCACCAUGAAAAUGAGAUUGCUCAGAGCUGUGCUGCCUGCAAGCAGAGUAAUAUAAGCUACUGGGUACAUAAUGGCUUUGUCACUGUUGAUUCAGAGAAAAUGUCCAAAUCCCUUGGAAACUUCUUCACAAUUCGGCAGGUUAUUGACCUCUACCAUCCGCUUGCUUUAAGACUUUUCUUGUUGGGUACCCAUUAUCGAUCCCCAAUUAACUACUCCGAUGUACAGCUUGAAAAUGCUUCAGACCGUAUUUUCUACAUCUAUCAGACUUUACAUGAUUGUGAGGAUGUUCUGAGCCAACAUGAUGUGCCAACUUUGAAGGAUUCCAUCCCACCAAGUACUGUGGAUGAAAUCAAUAAGUUACAAAAUGUUUUUGUAGCUUCAAUGUCAGACGAUCUUCUCACUCCUGUCGUUUUCGCUGCACUAUCUGAUCCGUUAAAAACCAUCAAUGAUCUCAUACACACCCGUAAGGGAAAGAAGCAAGCUUUGCGAGUAGAAUCACUAGCAGCUCUGGAAAAGACGAUCAGGAGUGCACUGGACAUUUUAGGAUUGAUGCCUGCAAGUUACUCCCAGAUGUUGCAGGAACUGCGGGAAAAGGCGUUGAAGCGUGCAAAAUUAACGGGAGAUCAAGUGUUGCGCAAAAUCGAGGAAAGGACUGAAGCGAGGGUGAAUAAAGAUUACGAAAAAUCAGAUGCAAUUAGGAAAGAAUUAGCAGCUGUAGGUAUUGCUCUUAUGGACAGCCCAAAUGGGACAACCUGGAAACCAGCUGUACCACUUGAACUUUAAGAGCAGCACGGCUCAACAGCCUGAAUGACGUGUGGGAAGCAAGACUGCUAUAGCUUGUCCAUGUAAAAUACCAUAACGAAUCUGGGUGAGAGCAUUGAUUUUCCUAACAAUUUCAUCGAAUUGGUCCAGGUGUUUGAUUAUAUACACUUUUUGGAGAGAAUGAGCGACUUCGUGUUUGGCAAAUUAAAGAAUCAAACCUUGAUAAUUUACGGGGGAAGAAAUUUUGGCUUACUGCUAUGUUGUUUUUCGUUUCUUUUUCCAAGCGCAAUUGUUUUGUUAUACUGGUUUUUGCCAAUAUGCUCU